UUUCGACGUUUGUCAUUGUCACUUCACUUUCACUUUGUUUUGUCUUUGUCAGUUUUGUGACCCGGCUUUACGGUUCGUUUGAUUUGAUUCACAAAUCACAUAAAAAUAUUAUUUGAUUUUUUAUUGUUUUCGUUGGUUACUUGGUUAGAUAGACGGGAAAGUUAUUUUAUAACCAAACUUGGUUGAACAUGAACAAUACGACAAGAAGUCAAGUGUGAGAACUAAAAAAGAGUUUCAGUGCGAACGAAUAUAAAAGAAUAAAAUAUUGUUAGUAGUUAUUGCUUGAUAAAUGCUAGUGCUAUAAGCUACACUUGUCUGUGGUGCGACAUAGUUUGAUUUUUCAAGAAUAGCAUAGAAGAAGGUGAAUAGGUGAUGGCUCAAAGUGCACAUCUUCUGUUGCGUCUGGUGGCUUCUUCUGUAACUGCAGCUAACUCUGCGGGAAAGAUAGUUAGAGAUGUAAUGAAAAAAGGAGAUUUAGGAAUUGUUGAUAAAGGUAAGAAUGAUCUUCAGACAGAGGCGGACAGGUCGGCCCAGCAGUGUAUCGUGGGGUCACUGUCACGACUGUUUCCCUCAGUCAACAUCAUCGGUGAGGAAGGAGCUCCUACGUGUCCGUGCCCGGAGGAGUGGCUAGUGACUGCCAGUGACCCGGAGGUCCUUGCGCUAGCCUGUCCUGAUCAGUACCAUGACCUGGCAGAGUCUGAUGUCACUGUGUGGGUUGAUCCUUUAGAUGGCACUUCGGAGUAUACACAAGGUUUGCUGGACCACGUGACUGUCCUUAUCGGAAUUGCAGUAAAAGAACGAGCCGUAGCAGGUGUCAUCCACCAGCCAUUCUAUAACUACAAGAAUACUGGACAGGGACAGAUGGGACGAACUGUCUGGGGUAUAGAUGGAGUUGGAGUGGGGGGAUUCGACCCCAAGAGUCCUCCAGAGGGAAAACGCAUCAUCACAACCACAAGAUCUCACACAACUCCUCAAGUACAAGCAGCUCUCGACGCCCUCAAACCUGACGAGAUACUCAGGGUGGGAGGGGCUGGCCACAAGGUAAUGCUUCUGAUGGAGGGCAAGGCACAUGCCUAUGUGUUUGCCAGUCCAGGCUGCAAACGUUGGGACACUUGUGCACCUGAGGCUGUGUUGACUGCAGUCGGGGGAAAACUCACUGAUCUCCAUGGCCGACUCUACCCCUACGACAAAGACACUCCACCAGUCAACUCUCGAGGGGUGCUGGCCACUGCAAAUGCUGAUGACCAUGAGUGGUACAUAAAAAACAUUCCUCAAGAGAUCCGUCAAACGCUACAUUAAACAAUUAUAUUGGAUCUGUCUGUAAAGGCAAUGGUAUUGGGUACUAUAAAAAUAUGGUUUAACUAAAAAAAAUUGUUAUCUAUUGUUGUAUUUGUAUAUUUUAAUAAAUAAAAUCUAUUAUCUUAUCAA